AUGACAGGCUCAGAAGACACAUUUAAACCAAUAUUAUUACUAGUUCGCGACAGCUCUAGUGAAAGCAACACUAAUGUUUAUGGUUUGAUCCCUAAUCGGGAUGCAAAUCUUGCUGCUCUAAUUUUAUUUGCCAUUCUUUGGGGCUGGAACACUGUUAUUGGUAUUUACACUAAGCAAUGGUGGUUUUUUACAGCAUUUUUCAUCGGAUGUGGCCUUGAAACCGCCGGUUAUAUUGGUCGUUACCUGUCUCAUGGGGAUCCUUAUAAUAUUAAUUAUUUCCUUGAUCAGAUUGUUUGUCUUACGCUUGCCCCAGCAUUUUUUAUGGGUGGAGUUUAUUACCUUCUUGCUAAAUUUUCUAUGAUUUACGGUUCUGGGGUAUCCCGCCUUAAACCCAUGGUUUAUUCCUAUAUCUUCAUUUCUUGUGAUCUUCUUUCCAUUAUUUUGCAAGCAAUUGGUGGUGGUAUGGCAGCAACUGCUCUUGACGAAAAUAAAGAUACCGACCCUGGAACCCAUAUUAUGGUUGCUGGUUUGGCAGUGCAGGUUGCUGCCAUGUCUGUAUUUGGUGCUCUCUCUUUUGAUUUUAUUUGGCGUGUCAUUAAAAUGAAGAAGAAAGGACGUACGGAGCACCCAAAUCUUUCAGAUAAAGAACUCGACGCCCUAAUUUUUGAGCCUAAGUAUGCAUUUAUUCGCAACAAGGAACCACUAUAUCAUAUUUUUCUCUAUGCUAUCUUUACAUGUUCCCUUUUAAUCUAUGUAAGAUGCAUCUACCGUCUCAUUGAGCUGGCCGAGGGUUGGGAUGGAUACCUUAUUUUACACGAGCCUUACUUCCUUGUUCUUGAAGCUCUCAUAGUUUUUCUUGGUGUUUUAUCAUUAUCUAUUGUUCACCCUGGAUUUGUUUUUGGACGAAAUACCAGUAUUCCUGUUAAAGGUCUUCAUAAGAAGAAACAUUUUGAAGAAACCGAAGAGGAAAAAACACUUGAAUUCAACGAGUCUGAUACGGCCAUCUAA